CAGAAGGUAUAAUACAAUUAGCUCCUAAACAGCUCAAGGUAACCCUUUUCUGGUUGUCUUGGUUAAACAUGUAGCCUCUGUCCUAUCUGUCAAUUAUGAAGAAUUAUUUUUGUGUGUUUGUGUUAGUACUUCGCAAAAUAGAUUAAGGAACAAAUUAUAUUCAACUAUGUGUAAUCUCUUCACACAGUCUUUACAUAUUUAAAAAAAAAACGUUGUGGUUUUAAUAAGACCAUGUUUGCACCUGCUUGUCAUGCAAACACAAGAUGAUGUGUCUUGAAUGUUUUGUUCUUGAAACAAAAUUGAUUAUACAUACAAUUUACAAUUUAUUAUCCCAGGAAUUGUAUGUAGAUGCAGAUCAACACACAAACACAUUACAUUUUGACCCAUUUCCUUUAAAUAGUCUAAAUAAGAAUAUUAACUUAUAUGUUCUUCCUGUGAAAGCAAAUCAAAUAGUAAUUUAGAAUUCUUAAGUUCACAUCAACAGUACCAUGAAGCAUAACUCAUAUAAUUUGUCCUCCGCCUUCGAAUGCAAGCAACGUGCAAAAAGUUCCUGUUACUUCCUCAUUCAAUUUUGUGGUUUUGACUGAGAGGCAACCACCUUUUAUGCUUCAGUUGUCAGCCUUCACUUCUGAUCGCAGUUCACUGAGCCAGCAGUGAUGGCAGGCCUGACUGCUCUGUCACUUGAACAAUGCAUUGCUUCAUUGGACAAAUCUUGUCUGCCAAAAAUUCUAAAAGUUUGCUCUGGAGUGUAUUUCCAAGGGUCUAUAUAUGAACUUUCUGGGAGUGAAGUCUGCUUUUCUACUGGGGAUCUAAUAAAGGUCAUUGACAUUGAGCUCCUGUCAGUUAGCUGCAAUGACAUCAGCAACAAUGUGAAGUUUGAGCUUCCUAUCAACCACACAGGUUUGUUCAAGCUUGUUCCUGAGGAGAUGCCAUACAGUUCAGUCAAGGAGAUGGUGAGCCUGAGGCCCCAGGGCAUAGAGACCUGCCUCCCCUUCACUUUCAGCAGCCGCUCAAAGAUAACCGUUGGGAACUUCACAAUGGGGGCAGGAAGAGCUUUGACGGUGCUCUCCGUUGAGAAGCAUGAGGGUGAAGAGGAUCAUGUGCGCUGCCAUGUUAAAGGACAACAAGAAACCUCGGCAGAAGUGUGUAUCCCACUCUCUGCCCAAGGGGAGUUCAGAGAGUGUGAAAGUGAGGAGCGCUUCACUUUGCAAGAAAUCCUGUCCUCGCCAUGCCUGCGCACUCGCAGGUUUCACUUCAUCAACACCACCAUGUGUGAGCAGUCCCUGAACCUCUGUCCGAUAUACCAGGUCCACGCCAUCAUGAGCAUGAGGAAGAACGUGUUGAAGUUUCCCUCCAGCUUAGAGGUGGAUGUGGUCGAUGUCACCGAUCUGUGUGAAGAUUUGAAUUUUGUGACGCCGCUCAGCCUGACAGAGGCCGUUUCCCAGUCAGAUGAAUCCUUCCCUGUGUUAGUGGAGAUAUUGGAAGUCCCUGAGACACGGUCUCUGUUCAAAUGCAGCUGGCUACCAGAAAUGAACAAGGGCAGCAACAUGGUUUUCCACAAGAAAGGCAUCACAGCCAUGGCUCUGUUAUCCAGCCUGAAGAGCCGAAAGUCACAGCAGUUCUUCCUGGUGUCUCAGCAAUACGGUGGACGAUUCCGCAGGCGGCCAAGAGAGUUUAAUUCAGUGUAUGAGCUGUAUGUUGCUUCAACCCAGACAUCGGGUCUGAAAGUGGGUGUAACAAGGAGCUGUGAGGAGGUGGAGGAGGAGGGCCUGCCUGCUCUCAGUGUGGGAGAUCAGCUGGAAGUUGUUCGCUGUGAGAUGAUGGAGCUGCCUUCUGAAAGCAGCAAGAAGAGCUUUGUCGAGGCUCUCCUGUGUAGGCGUCAGGAGCCAGAUGAUGGUGAGGAUGAUGAUGAUGAUGAAGAGGAAGAAGACAAGGUGAAGCAGGAGGAUGGCAGAGAGGAUAUUUUUCUGCCUCUGUACAUGCAGUGUCCCUUUGUGGAAAUGCUCAGUGAUAACAAGAAGUACAGACUCAAGGACUUGGUUAAGCAGUUCAGUUUUCCCCUGGAUGUUAAAGUGGUGAGCCGGGACACUGAACUUGAAGCUGAUCCCCUCGUUGGGUUUGCAUGUCUCAGAAUAGAAGCGUCCAUGUUAGAACCCACCAUCCAGGCCAGCUUUGCAAACAGGCCAGAACACUGUUUUGAAAUCCCAACACAGUGGCUCUCUAUGUCUGUCGAUUUUACCAAGGACCCCCUUCCAUGGCCUGUCAGCCAACCCCCUAAAUGCCACGUGGACACAGUCACUGAGGUGACAGACAUGUUCUUUUAUGAAUUUCGCAAACAGGGGAUCUCCGAUGCAGCUCCUCCACCCCGACCCCCAAAGCCAAACAUGUCCUCUUCAAAGUCUCCCAAAACACCAUCAAAACCCUCAAAAAAAUCAACGAAAAAGUCAUCCAACAAGAGCGACCCUAGCCAGGAGUUAGCCAAUAUGACUUUGAAUAGCAAACGAAGGCCCCCAGCUCCCCUACCUCCAGCUAUUUUGACUGAUCAACCUCCACCACUAGUACCCCGAAAGCACUCAGCGGCUGAGAUGAAAACAGGCAAUGCUCUGCCGAACACUUACGUGGAAAGGGCGGACUCGAUGAAAAACGUGCAAUGCAGUCCACAUCUGCAUGAAGUCGCAGCAGACGUGGACAGCGACCACGACUAUGAAACUGUGGAUGAGACUUUUGCCACGAUCCUGAAGAACGCCCAACAGAACGUCAUGUUUUACUGAAAUUAUUUUCAAUAUGGUCUGUGGGAACUGAAAAGAAAAUGGCAUAUGGCAGUCAUCAAGCUCUUUCGUCUUGAAUUAUUUUAGAGACGAAAUGGUGUCAAAUAAGGUCAGAUAUUUCAGUAAAAGAGCUCUUAUCAUGCAGGGCUUUCCCUUUCCUGUACUUUGUUAAAUAGGUUUUUGUGUAACUUAAACGUAUAGAUUGGACUCCUUUGUUUGAUAGUCACUAUGUAACACUUGCUCUUCUCUUAGCUAACGCCCGAACACAUUGUACGUGAUAGUUAUAGUGGCAGGACAUCUCUAAGCAGUUAACCAAUGACAACAGAGCCGGCCAGCUAACCAAUCAGAGCUCUGGUUUCAGACGGAGGGUGAAAAGAGGUGCUGCAGCACAGGCAAAAAUAAAGCACCUUUUGUAUAUUAAAGGAUGGAAACAUGUCACAGUAAAGGCAAAUAAUACAAAAUGGACCUGAAAAUAAGAAUUAUAUGUCUUUUCUAAAUAUUAAAUUACAUAGGCUCCUUCCUGCCUUUGAUAAUUUGCAGGAUUUAUAACACCCCGCAGGACUUUUGGUGGCUUGUGUCCUGACCUGUUAAAAUCAGACCUUUUACCAGAGAGCAAACAAAGUGAAUGAUAGACAGCAACACUUUGAUUAGCUAAUGUUUACCCCCACAGUCUGGCAGUGUAUCUCAAAACAUAACAACCUGGCUUCUCAUGUGGUCAGCGAAACACUUUGAUGCCUCAACCAUUUGUCUCUGAGCUUUAACCACUUUAUUCUCCCAGAGAGUGAAAGUGGCUACAGCUGUUCCUUUUAUCUUCAACACACUGCCCUUGUCAUUUGUUGGAAUAUGUAUAAGAAUAUUUGUCAGCUAAUGUUGUAUUUGGCUAUAUAAGAGUUUCAGGGGCUGUAAUAUUGUGUACAACAACGUGUGAUUGUUUUAAUGUCCUGAAGCAAGACAGCAACACUUUCCAGUAUAACACACAACCAAAAUUGAAAUUGACAAAUUGAAUGAAUAAGGAACCCUUCUACAGUAUACGUGCAAACUAAACACUGUAUACAUUUAGAAAAGCUGAGAGCGCAAGUCUUAACCACAUUUACCCCAAUAUAGCAGCAGCUCCCCUACAAGUCACAGAUUUGCCUGUACUUUAAUGUUGUACCAAAGAUGUGUCUCAACAAAAUAGUGGCUUAAUAAUCAGCGCACUCAUUUGGUUCCUUUGAAUUCUGUUAAAACCUGUUUACUUUGUUUAGCGGUGGAUAUUUAUAGACAUAUUUUGGCUCUACAUGUAUGCAUCCUGCCAACAAGUGAACUGAACAACAGGUGGACUUAUUCAAGUAAAAACAGACAUCUGAAGUUGCGUCAAGCUAAAAACUCAUGUAAAUAAAGUGUUUUAAUGCAUUUUGA